GGGGAGUUUAUACUGGCUCAAGGAAACGUGUGAUGGGGAGGGAAAGAGUUUAUUUUUGUUGUACAUAAAUGAGUAGACUUAAUACUGCAAGUUCCCUGCCUUGACAGCAAUCAUCAUGGAUAGUGUGUUCUUAACAGAGGACAAAGCCAACUCUGUGUUAAAAAGAUACCCAAGAGCCAACACGUUUCUGGAAGAAUUAAAGCAAGGUGACAUAGAACAUGAAUGCAGAGAAGAAAUCUGUAGCUAUGAAGAAGCAAGAGAAGCAUUUGAAAAUGAGGAAAAAACGAAGGAGUUCUGGAAAGUCUACAAAAACGGACUUCAGGGAGAAAGUAACACAGGACAUACCUGGUAUUCAUUUUACCUUGCGUUUCCAUUAAUCAUUGGCCUUUUCGUUAUCCUCAUUGUCAUUUUUGUCAUAUGGAGAUGCCUGUUUAAAAAGAAAAUGCGUAGACAGUCGGUGUACGUGCACAGGGGAGCCCACGGUGACGGUGCUGUGGCUGAUGGCAGAGGCCCUGUCCCGCCGCCCCUCAGCAUUGUUCAUUCCCCACAGGAGGAAAUGUAUGAAGUCAGUGGGCUCUCCCCGGGAGGUCUGAGCUAUUCGGAUGCACGGUCGGACUCGAUAUCCACCAGGCUCUCAAACUGUGAUCCUCCUCCUUCCUAUGAGGAAGCCACUGGUGAGAUCAGUGUGAGAAGAAGUGACACUGAGCAACAUUUAGAUCCACCCCCGCAAUACGAAGACAUUGUGAAUUCCAGCUCAGCCGGUGCGAUUGCACUAACUCCCAUUGUCACCAGUGCUAAGUGAAACCAGAAGAAAGCCACGGACCUUUUAAAAAUCAGUAAUCAUUUUGUAGCACUUUAUCUUGGCAUAUUAUGCAUUUCUGUAAUUUGAUGGACUUGUACAAUGGAUUUCACUUUUUAUUAGGUUCACUCGUUCUUUGGGUUUGGGAUUUUUUUUCCCCUACAGAAGGUCUUAAAAGAUAAGGAAUCUGUAUUGAGAGUGUAGUGCAGAUACAAGUGUGGUGCUCUGUCAUACUUCUCAAAAGUACCUCUGUUUUGGGGGAUGUCACUUGUUUUAUUCUGAACAUGUCCACGUUCCCCACAAGAUUUGUGGGAUUCCCCUCCCCUUUCUUACUGCAGACUGUCAUAAUUCCCUGCAAUAGGGAAUCCUUAAACAACAUUUUAAUAGUUAGUUACACUAAAGGGGCCUGAUUUUACAGUAUUGCCUCGUCUGGUAGGUUCUUUUUUCUCACUUGGAUUUUUGUUACAUGAUGAACCCUAUCCUGGACCCUCAGGAGGCUGAGGGCAGGAUGCCUUUGUGUUCAAACCAGGAUUUCAUUUAGAGAAUGCUGGUGUAAUAGCAAUAAUUUCAGAGUCCUAGCAGAAGAGGUGUGUUCUAAAGCUUUUGCUAUUACAGCUCAAAAUUCUGUAAAUGUUUAGAAGCUAAAAAUUCAAAACACUGAUUAGUGGAUUUAAUAGUGUUUGGUUUUGUCUGUGUUCUGCCUUUCCUGUUUUCCCGUGUGUAUUCCAGAGGUGAGAAGUAUGCAUGUUAACUUUAGAACAAGAAAGUUCAUGCAACAGUAAAUAAUGAAAUACUGAAAUACUCAAGAGUGGAUAAAAUCCUGGUCAUAAAUUUUCUCCCAUAGUCUUCACUGGGACCAGGAUGUUAUCUAUAAGCACAUAACCCAAAGGUAUUACUUUUCCUUAUAAAAAGGAAAAAGGAAAGCAAUUCAGUGUGUCUUCCUUUUUCCCCCAACUAUGAAAACCUUCCUCAAGGUUUCCCCAGCUAUGAACCCCUUCCUCAAAUUCUGAUACUCUCCUGCCUACUUACCUGUACCGUGUGUGCACCUUGUAUUGGUGCCUUUGGAAAUCCUUUGCAGAGAAUAUAGAUACCUUUUUGCAACAACAAAUAUAUUCAUUGCUUACCCAUUCCAACAAGGAAUUCUAAGAACAUGCAGGCAUAACCCCAAGCAUUAGUGUGGAGUGACUUUUUGAGGAUGAAGAGAUGGAUGCAAAUUAUCUACAGGCUUGUACAAAAUUUCACCUACCUGGUUUAGAUGCUGAUGAUAGUUAGGGUGGUGAAAGUUCUAGUGUGGUGAUUCCUUUUUUCCCAGCUUGAUUUGAAAGUUCAUUGCUUGAUUUAACUUCUGAAUAUUAGUUUCAGUUUUCUUUCUUCCCACACCAAGGUAGUGUGGCAUUAGCUCAGUACUGUUCCAUGUUCUACUAUUCAAUCAGCACCAACUGAAGUGUGUUUGGCCCUGAAGAACUAAAUUAUGUUAUGUUGGCUUUCUUAAAACAGAAACACAAACUGCAUCUUGUUUCAAACGCCCCAAAUGAAAUGCCAGUGCCAUACAUUUGAAAUUGCUCUUAAAGUCCAUCUCAUGGGGGCUUGGCCCACCUUUUCCCAAAGGAUUUUUAUGGACAGAGACUGGAAAAAAAUAUGUGAUCAUAGAUGAGUGUGUAUAUGCACACUUUGGUAAGAAUUUGAUCUGAUGUACUGACAAGUGGAGUAAGGAUUUUAUGAUUAAUUUAAUGUUCUCAUUUUUGACAAAGAGUAGGUUGCCAAAGUUGUCUGCUGGGGAUCUCCAGUUGCUAAGGCAAGUUAUGUUAGAGUUAAUAGAUGAACCCCUGGCCAAACUCCUGACUCCGUUGUCAAAACUGUAACUCUUAUUUAUGCAUAUUAUAUAUAAUAGAUAUUGGGCAGAUAAGUAUAAUAUUUUGGACACUUGUAGUAAAAAUUGCCUGGGUCUUGUUUGUGGGCUGUCUGACCUUUUCUUUUGAAGUGGUUUUAGCCCUUCCCAAAGCUUUGUU